GCAGAAUCACAGAAGAGCUGAGCCAUGCUAGGAGUGUACUGGAGCCCCGUCAUCAUCGUCUGCUUCAGCCUGGCAGGUAAACAGGGGUGGGACAGCAGAGGCCAAUUUGUAUUGCCUAUCAGGUACCUCCGGGAUCAAGAUCAUCCACGGGGACGAAGCCAAACCCCACAGUCGACCCUACAUGGCCGCCCUUUAUGUUGGAGAGGAAAAGCGGUUCAUAUGCGGAGGGUUCUUAGUCAAACCCAGGUACAUCCUGACAGCGGCUCACUGUAAUCUGGGGAGGAUCACGGCACACCUGGGAGUUCACAAUCGCACAAAGAAGGAGAGGACCCUGCAGGUGAUACCCGUGAAGGAGAUCAUCCCCCAUGAACAAUUUAAUACGAGGAUCAACGCAAACGACAUCAUGCUGCUGAAGCUGCAGCGCAAAGCCAGAGUGACACGUGCUGUGAACACCAUCAGCAUUCUAAAGAGUGGCGCCUCAAUCCGUAAAGAUGCCCCCUGUUUUGUAGCCGGUUGGGGGCACAUUGGCAGUCGUGGACCAAGCAGCGAUGUGCUGAGAGAGGUGGAGGUGAAGAUCAGCCAGACCUGUAAGACUCGAACACAAAUCUGUGCAAAAGGCACGGGUCUCAAAGGGGCCUGUCAUGGAGACUCAGGAGGCCCGCUGGUUUGUUUGGACCGCAGGCACAUUCCAAGAGCUGUGGGGAUUUUGUCUUAUGGUGCCGAUAACUGUGAAGAUCCUCGAUUUUCAAACAUCUACACAAAUGUGUCCGCAUACUGGGACUGGAUCCAAAAGAAAAUCAAAAGUUAACUCUUCAGCCUGAAUAUCUUUUCCCGAGCCGGACAACCCCGCACCCAUCUGGUACCGGCACGUCUGUUCCAAGCUCAGCCAGAAAGGCAGGGGCAGAGAGGGUUUCAUCUUCUGCUUCUGGCUGUUGUGACCUGCUUCAAUGAAUAAAUCAAUGAAGCCUCUUCCUCUGAUGUGUGGUUGCCCAUUUUGCUUCUGGUUGCCCAUUUUACAUCAUGAUCCACACUUCUCUUAAGCUCUGCAUUUAACCUUUUUACGCCUUCUGUGCAGCGAUAUUCCUCAUCUGAACUCAAUGUUCAUUUCACAAUAGGUCGUCUAAUUACCCAGAUCCAUACACCAUCUCUGCCCAGAAGACACAGAUGAGUCAGGGUUUGGGUUUCCUGGAGGUAAGCUUGUUCCCAAGAUGCAGGCUGCACUGCUAAUCAGUGAUGAGCUUAGGUUCAGUACGGGGCAAUUGUUCCCUCCUGGUAUGUGUCCUCUCUUGACUAGACUGGAGCCAAUACCCAUCCCUUUUGUAACCAUGGCGGAAAUAAUGGAGGCUCUGAUCGUGGGCUCUUGAGAGACUGAGUGAGGAGUCUGAGUGUCUGGGCUUGCGAGUGUCCUGAUCAAAACUAAGAUCCAGGCCUUUAAUGA